GAUGCCGUUCCCGAGAACACGUUCCGGGUAUUGCAUUCCCAGUCCCGUUUCCGGGGAUACACUCCCAAGGAUGAUGGGACUCCCGGUGCCGAUGCCCGGCGCCAAUCUCAGGAUGCCAUUCCCGGGUAUAACCUUGGGCUGCUGUUCCUGGGAGUUCCAUUCCCGUGUCUCUGUUUCCGAUACCGAUGCGCGGUGCCAUUCCCAUGAAUAACAUUCUCGAUACCCGUUCCCGGUGCUGUUCUCGUGGAGGCGGUGCCAGCUGCCGUUCCAGGUGGUUCUAUUCGUGAUCGACUUCCCGUUCCCUGGGGCGAUACCCGGUGCCAUUCCCACCGCUGCCGGUGCCCGUUCUCGGAGUGAUGCCCGGCGCCGUUCCCGGGGGCGGGGGCAGGUAGCGGCAGGUGCGCGGAGGCCGGGCCGUUGGCGGGGGCGGGGCAGCGGCGCCGGUGCUCGCACCGGCCGAGCUGCCGCCGUUGCCACCGCCGUUGCCGCCGCCAUGGCCGGUACCGGAGCCCGGUGGAUGCCGCUGGUGCUGUGUCUGGCUGUCACCGUGUCACCGGGACGCACCGGAGAGCAGCUACAUGUCUGCAAGGAGUCCGAGUACCACUAUGAGUACACAGCAUGUGACAGCUCAGGAUCACGCUGGAGGGUGGCUGUACCACACACGCCUGGACUCUGCACCGGCCUGCCUGACCCUGUCAGGGGCACUGAAUGCUCAUUCUCCUGCAAGGCGGGUGAGUUCCUGGAGAUGCAGACACAGACGUGCCGGCCCUGCGCUGCGGGCACCUACUCGCUGGGCACUGGUGUCCGCUUUGAUGAGUGGGACGAGGUGCCCCAUGGCUUCGCCAACGUGGCCACCAACCUGGAGGUGGAUGACAGCUUUGGCGAUGCGGCAGAGAACUGCACAGCGUCAACAUGGGUGCCACUGGGGGAUUACGUGGCCUCCAACACAGAUGAGUGCACGGCUACCCUCAUGUAUGCUGUGAGCCUCAAGCAGUCGGGGACUGUCACCUUCGAGUACAUCUACCCUGACAGCAGCAUCGUCUUUGAAUUCUUUGUGCAGAACGACCAGUGCCAGCCCACGGUGGAGGAGUCCCGCUGGAUGCGGACUACAGAGAAGGGUUGGGAAUUCCACAGCGUGGAGCUGAGCCGUGGGAACAACGUGCUGUACUGGCGGACCACCGCCUUCUCCGUCUGGUCCAAGGUGCCUAAACCGGUGCUGGUGAGGAACAUCGGCAUUACAGGGGUGGCCUUCACUUCCGAGUGCUUCCCCUGCAAGCCCGGCACCUUCGCCCCUGCCGCCGGCUCAACCGCCUGCCAGCCCUGUCCCGCUGACACCUUCUCCGGCAAAGGGGCCACCGCCUGCCAGCCCUGCGACCCUGACACCUACGCUGAGCCUGGCUCGGGGUCCUGCAAGCCACGUCCGCCCUGCACAGACAAGGAUUUCUUCUACACCCACACGGCCUGCGACGCCAAUGGGGAGACCCAGCUGAUGUACAAGUGGGCAGAGCCCAAGAUCUGCAGUGAGGAGCUGCCGCAGGCGGCCCGGCUGCCAUCCUCAGGGGUCAAGACUCGAUGCCCCCCCUGCAACCCUGGCUUCGCCAAAGGCAACGGCAGCACCUGCCAGCCCUGUCCCUAUGGCUUCUAUUCCAAUGGCUCUGCCUGCCUCAGAUGCCCAGAGGGCACUGAGCCGGCGCUGGGCUUGGAGUACAAGUGGUGGAACGUGCUGCCCCCCAACAUGGAGACCACCGUGCUCAGCGGCAUCAACUUCGAGUACAAGGGCAUUGCAGGCUGGGAGGUAGCUGGGGACUACAUUUACACGGCAGCUGGAGCCUCUGACAGCGACUUCAUGAUCCUCACGCUGGUGGUCCCUGGCUUCAGCCCUCCAAGCCCAGUGCUGGAGGAUACAGAGAGCAGGGAGGUGGCCAGGAUCACCUUUGUUUUCGAGACGCUGUGCAGCGUUGGCUGUGAGCUCUACUUUAUGGUGGGUGUCAACUCACGCACCAACACUCCAGUGGAAACAUGGACAGGUUCCACAGGGAAACAAUCCUACACCUACCUGGUGGAGAAGAACGCGACCAUGAGCUUCACCUGGGCCUUCCAGCGCACCCCCUACCAUGAGGCGGGCCGGCGGUUCACCAGUGAUGUGGCCAAGCUGUACAGCAUCAACGUCACCAAUGUGCAGGGGGGGGUGGCCUCCUUCUGCCGCCGCUGUGCCCCCCAGCCCACUGGGUCCUGUGCCCCAUGUUCCCCUGGCAGUGCUGUGGACCCCAGCUCAGGCACCUGCCAGCCCUGCCCACCUGGCACCUACCUGCGGGGCCACCCCUCCGACGGGACACCCACCUGCCGCCCCUGUGGCCCUGGCACACGCAGCAACCAGCUGCGAUCACUAUGCUACAACAACUGCAGCCUGGCACUGGCACUGCCAGGCCGGAUGCUGCACUUCGAGUUCCCAUCGUUGGGCCAAGGUGCUGGAGUGGGCACUGGGCCCAGCUUCACCCCCAAAGGGCUGCGCUACAGCCAUCACUUCCGCCUUAGCCUCUGUGGGCACCAGGGCAGGAAGAUGGCCUCAUGUGCUGACAAUGUGACGGCAGGUCGGGGGGGCCCUGCCCGUGUGGUCACCUCGUAUGUGUGCCAGGCCAUUCUGGUGCCCCCUGACAUCACUGGUGCCCGUGCAGCUGUGUCUUCUCAGCCCGUCAGCCUGGGUGACCACUUGCUGGGUGUCACCACCAGCUCUGUGCUGGACAGCAUCGUGGCUCCCCCAGAGCUCUUCUCCCCCAGCCACCCUGACCUGCCUGACAUCAUCUUCUUCUUCAGGUCCAACGACAUGACACAGCCGUGCAGUGGUGGCCGGGCCACCACCAUCCGCCUACGCUGUGACCCCCUGCGCAUCGGCACUGGCACCCUGGCUGUCCCCAGCAAAUGCCCCGAGGGCACCUGCGACGGCUGCACCUUCCAUUUCCUGUGGGUGACGGCCGAGGGAUGUCCCCGCUGUUCCAGCUCCCACCACCGCCCCAUCGUCGGCGCCUGUAUCGGUGGCGUUCAGAAAACCACCUACGUGUGGCGGGAGCCCCGGCUGUGCCACGGCGGGGACGCCCUGCCGCCGCAGGUGAUCCAGGCGUGCCGGAGCGUGGAUUUUUGGCUAAAAGUGGGAAUUUCCACUGGGACGUGCGUGGCCAUCUUGCUGGCUGUGCUCGCCGCUUAUUUCUGGAAAAAGACUCAAAAGCUGGAAUACAAAUAUUCCAAGCUGGUGAUGGACGCGGCGGCUCGGGAGACCGACGCGACGUCGCCCGACAGCUGCGCCAUCAUGGAGGGAGAGGACGCGGAGGACGAGCUGCUCUUUCCCACCGAAAUGUCACUUUUUGGAAAACUUAAAGCACUGACGGCCAAGGUGAGGGGUGGGGUGGGGGGAUGGAAACAACCCUGGAGUAGCCACCGGACAAGCCAUGGUGAGGGUGGGAUUUGAGGAUGGUCCGUGCCUCAAUUCCCCACCCCGGAGGGGUCUCCGUGUCUCAGUUUCCCCGCUCCAAGGGGGCUCUGUGCCUCAGUUCCCCACCCCGGGGGCUCCGGGCCUCAGUUUCCCCACCCCACAGCGGAUGCCGGAUGGAUUCGACUCGGUCCCGCUCAAGACCUCGUCCAGCAGCACCGAUCGGGAGCUGUAAGAGAACGGGGGGCACCCUCGCAUCCCCCAGCCCUCCCGGGAGCUGUGACGGGCCAGAGGGGCGCGCACGGACACUCCAGCCCCGGGCAGCAGAAGGGAAGGGGGGGUACCCACGGCCCAUCCCGCGCCCCCCAACGUGGCCUUAGGGACCCGCUUCGCAGCGGAGCCUCGUUAUGGCUUUUGUACGUGUGUCCCCACCGUGUCCUCCCCAUCCCAAGCACCCAAAAAUGCCAAAUACAGGAGUGGGGUUUGUA